UGGAGAAUUUUAUUCGGUUUGUUUUGUUUUUGUUUUUAAGCUGAUCGAAAAUUAAGUAUACGCUACAAGUACAAGCGGUGUCUCCACAACAUCGGGACGGGCAACCGGCGGAGCGGCAGUACCAAUUGAAGUGGAACUACAGACAUACUCAGAAUCUAGGCCACCGAUUUGUUAAUUAAGAUGAAUUUCACAUAUUUAUUUGUACUGAUUUGGUUGGCUUAUUUGGUAUGCAGCGGAGUGUUGCUCUUUUCUCGAGGAUUUCUUUUGGCACGUGUGUCCAAAACGGAAUCGAGCACUUGCCGCCGACUGUCCACGAAUCCCAAUGAUGAAUACGUUCUGUCACCGGAGGUUGUAAACGAGAUCUUUAAAGAUGUGAAUGCCUCGUCCUCGUCAAAUUUAUGUCUUCCACAGAAAUCCAAAGUCAUUAUACUAGUCAUUGAUGCGCUGAAGUACGAGUUUGGCGUUUACAAAGAUAACUUAACUGAACCACCGCUGCCUUAUGAGAAUAAACUGAAAGUCCUACAUGAGCUCCUUAGCGAGAAGCCAGAACACGCGCGAUUAAUGCGAUUUAAGGCGGAUCCGCCCACAACAACAUUGCAGAGACUGAAGGGUCUGACCACGGGCAGUCUGCCUACUUUUAUAGACAUAGGCUCAAAUUUUGCUUCGCCCGAGAUCAAUGAGGACAACGUCAUUGACCAAAUAGUGAAAAGCGAGUUGCCUAUGGUAUUCCUGGGUGACGACACCUGGACGGAUCUGUAUCCGCGGCGCUUUAAACGUGCUUACGCCUAUCCCAGUUUCGAUAUUUUCGACUUGGACUCCGUUGACCAACAGAUAUUAAAACACUUGCCCAAGGAGCUGGCUAGCGAGGAUUGGCAAGUGCUGAUAGCCCAUUUCCUAGGCGUGGACCACUGCGGCCACAAGCAUGGACCCAUGCAUGAGGAAAUGGCACGCAAACUAGGCGAAAUGAAUGAUGUGAUCAGCUCUGUGGUGCAACAAAUGGACGAUGCGACUACAUUGCUGAUCAUGGGUGACCAUGGAAUGACAGCUUCGGGAGAUCACGGAGGUGAUUCUGAUGACGAAACGAACGCCUUACUGUUUGCAUACUCGAAAAAAAACAGAUUUUACGGCAGUGAUGCGGGCUCAGAUAGCGAAUUACUGCAACAGAUUGAUUUGGUGCCCACGCUUGCGACCAUACUGGGUGUGCCCAUACCCUAUUCAAAUCUGGGACUGAUCAACUUUAACCUGAUCCCCGAUGUUCCUGUACCGCAUUUGAGUAAAUUCCAAACGCUUCUACUGCAUGUAUGGCAGAAUGCCCAGCAGAUUUAUCGCUACUUUUUUAGCUAUGCCUUGGAAAAUAAGCGCACAUUCAAUGUGGAUGAAAUGGAUAAGCUAGAAACCGAAUUCAUAUUGCUCACACAUCGAGUUCAGACCAUAUACAAUGAAGCUGCCUUCAAGUCCUUUGUCAGGGACUUGAACGUACAUCUCAGGGAUAUAUUGAAUGUAUGUCGUGAAAUUUGGGUUAGAUUUGAUCCCACUCAAAUGUCGCAGGGAUUGCUCUUCUGUUUCCUACCAAUAUUUUUUGCCUUUCUGUUGAUCAACAAUUCAAGAAGUGCGGAUUACGGAAAAAUCUUUAAAGCCAAGGAGAUUUCCUAUAUAUAUUUGCUAAACAUUGCCGCUGGAGUGUUUGGCUACCGCUACUUUAAGAAUUUCUCGUUUAAGACUGAAGAACAGGGUGUCAUCUUCUUCACAAGCAUCUUGAGUGCCGUCAUACUGGCAUUUUACACUCUAAAGCACUGGACGAGCAUAGCGAAUAAUUGGUCCAGUGUUAAGAGAUUCAGUCAUAUGCCUACACGACUAAUUCUAUUUAGCAGUAUGGCAGUUUACUUCUCAAAUAGCUUUGUCAUCCAAGAGGCAAAGAUUUUGUCCUAUCUCUUGGGUGGUAUCGUUUUGCUGCUGGCCUAUGAACUGAUCCAGCUGAGUGCACGUUUGGACUUUAAGCAAAAAUUCAAGGCGCCUCAGUUUCUACGAUCAACAUUGCUGAGGCUCAUCCUGGCCAGUUUGUUGGCUGUCUGCUUUAUACGCUUUGCGUUCACUUUAUUCCGCUGCCGCGAGGAGCAAGGCAAUUGCACGGACUUUGCCACUCAACAAGGAUUUGUUACAAAAAAAUCUGGCCUGAGCAGAGUUUACAUCUCGGCUGUGGUUAUCAUAGUGAUUUACACGACACUUACUCGUUUAUAUUUGCGAUCCUGCGGCAAUUUGACGGGCAAUUCGCCAAAUGUUCUACUAGCUCGGUAUGGACCCACAGUGGCUUCGAUUUGUGCUGGUGGCCAUAUACUGCUCGCUAAUAGUUCCAUAAAGAAUGUUCAUCGGGUUCAUAUCGAUGCCAUGGCCUUGGUCAUUUAUGCUUUACUCAUAGUACAAAUUGUUAUUGUGUCCUGGUCGCCAUUGAUGACCUUCGUGCUGCCGCCAAGAAAUCCAAAUGUGAUUAGUGUCAAUGGCAAGGACAGCAUAGUCCCAGAAAUCUUUAAGAAGAUGAAGCGCAUGUAUGAGGGAGAUGACGCUGAACGCCGGCACGAGAUACCCGUGGUCUAUGGUCUGGCUACUGUCUACUCCUCAGUGAUAAUAACAUUUGGCGUAUUCCUUUCCAUGGUGUUGAUUGUUUUACUAGAGCCGCGUGCUGCCAUCGGACUGGUGGCCUCUAUGGCCAUUGGAGCAAUUUUGUUGAGUGUCAAUGGCAUUCUGCGAUAUCGUACAGCUACUAGUUUCGAAUCUUGUGUCCAGCCCACAUUUACCGCCUUGGUGGGAUGGUUUUUAUUGGCCAAUUUUUGCUUCUUUGCCACAUCACAUCAGACAACUUUGUCGCAAAUCGAUUGGAGGGCUGCAUUUGUGGGUCGGACAACAGGCCUGGGCCAGUCGAAUGUGAUUUCCGGAGCUUUGGUCAUUUUAAAUACCUUUUGUGGUCACAUAUUCUUUUUCACCGUCUACGCCUUGCUCAGUACAGAGACGUUUUCGCUCUUUGCCCUGUUUCCCAAUCUCAUACGAAGCAAUAGUCGACUCGGAAAAGGCGACUCUGCCACUGCUUUAUCGGAUGUGGCCAAUGAGUCAGUGGGUUUCGAUAUGACUCGCGGUGAAUUGAGUCUGUACGAGUAUGAGGAUGUAUUUCUAGGGUCUAAUUUCAAAGUGGCCACACAAUUCAUUAUGCUGCAGGGUCUUAAGAUAUUUUGCUCCAUGUUAGCCUGCACCAUUCACUGCCGUCACUUAAUGGUCUGGAAAAUCUUCGCUCCACGCUUCAUCUACGAGGCCCUGGCCACGUUUGUUAGCCUGCCAUCACUAAUCUUGGGCUAUCUUCUCCUAUUACGCAUCCACCGCGCCGUCGACUCGCUUAUCAAGCGCAUCAACAAGACCAAGGUCAACUGAACUUAUGCUUUUACAAUAAUUUAGUAUUUUUUAAUAAAUGAGAACCAAAUGUGGCAAAUAAAA